AUGAGCCGCGCUCGGGGGGCGCUGUGCCGGGCCUGCCUCGCGCUGGCCGCGGCCCUGGCCGCGCUGCUGCUGCUGCCGCUGCGGCUGCCCCACGCGCCCGCCCCGACCCCGGCCCUGACCCCCGAUGUCUCCCGCCUACGGCCGGACGACGUCUUCAUCGCAGUCAAGACCACCCGGAAGAACCACGGGCCGCGCCUGCGCCUGCUGAUGCGCACCUGGAUCUCCCGGGCCCUCCGGCAGACGUACAUCUUCACGGACGGAGAAGACCCUGAGCUCCAGCUGCAGGCAGGCGGCCGUAUGAUUAACACCAACUGCUCUGCUGUGCGCACCCGCCAAGCGCUCUGCUGCAAGAUGUCUGUGGAGUACGACAAGUUCAUCGAAUCUGGACGCAAGUGGUUCUGCCACGUGGAUGAUGACAACUAUGUGAACCCCAAAAGCCUACUGCACCUGUUGUCCACCUUCUCUUCCAACCAGGAUGUUUACCUGGGGCGGCCCAGCCUGGACCACCCCAUUGAGGCCACUGAGAGGAUCCAGGGAGGCGGCACUGUAACCACAGUCAAGUUUUGGUUUGCUACUGGUGGAGCUGGAUUCUGCUUGAGUAGGGGUCUUGCUCUCAAAAUGAGCCCAUGGGCCAGCCUGGGCAGCUUCAUGAGCACUGCUGAGCGUGUGCGGCUUCCGGAUGACUGCACCGUGGGCUACAUUGUAGAAGGGCUGCUGGGUGCGCGCCUGCUGCACAGUCCCCUCUUCCACUCCCACCUCGAGAAUCUUCAGAGGCUGCCACGGGAUGCUGUGCUUCAACAGGUCACACUGAGCUAUGGGGGUCCUGAGAACCCACAUAAUGUGGUGAACGUGGCCGGAAGCUUCAGCCUACAGCAGGACCCUACACGGUUCCAGUCUGUACACUGCCUUCUCUACCCAGAUACUGACUGGUGUCCCAUCCAGAAUAGGGAUGACCUCGCCUCCUGGUGACUAACAUUUGCUGGUGGCUGAUCUGCCUGGCUGCCUGCAGGCUGGAGACCAGGUGCAUCGGGAGAAUGAGGACAGCUGGCCUGUCCAUGCUGAGACCAUCCAGGAAUUGUGGGAAAUGCAGUGCUGCUGAGGCAACAGACAUCCUGCCCCAUGGUCGUUCCCACAGGACAUGGUCUCCACUCUAGUGUGUGUCGCCUGGGAGGAGACUGGCUUUCCGCCUCCGCAGGGCUGUGUCUUGCAGGACCUGGUGCAGAAGGCAGCUUGGGUGCUGAGGAGUUUGAUCCAGGCCCAGCCACAGACUCUUUCUGGCAGGCCUCCCAGGGCCACUGACCAUAUGCAGGCUGUGCCUGGCCAGCAGGUGCUUAGGAUUGACCCACAGCUGUGCCUCUGGCAGAGCUGCUUUUCUUCCAAAGCCUCCAUCUCCUGCCUCCUCCUGGGGACCUCCAGCAUACUUUUCUUUUCUCUGACUUGUUGUUCAGUUUUCCUCCCUGAGUUUCCUCCAGAUCCAUAGUGCAGCCAGAGCAUUUCCCCUGGGCCCCCCAGGAGUGAGGUGUAGACCCAGUGCCUUUCAUGGGGGACUAGCACCUGGGAACAGUCCCUUCUCUGCUUCUGCCUCACUGCACUGCAGGACCAAGUAAAGGCUUCAUUGUCCUUCUCA